AUGCCUCCAGGUGGAAAAAGGCCGGAGAGGCGGACGGGGAAAUCGAGGUUCAGACCUUCAGACGCCGGACUCACGGAUGUUGUCCCAAGCUUGGAGCGCACGCAGGAUAAUCUUGACUCCUUAUACCGUGGCUUGAUCCUCCCUCAAGCGACACAUAAGUACAUUCCUCUCGGUCCUCACGAGAUCCGUUUACUGCACCUAUUGCCAGCUGACAACAAGGGAGAUAUGCUUUAUGCCGAACUUAAGAAUGUCAGACUCGAUGAUACGCGACUCCAAUAUCUGGCACUCUCCUACACAUGGGGUUAUGAAGAGCCUACCCAAAGAAUGUGGAUUCGCAAACCCGAAUUACCGCUCCGGGCGCCAAGAACGCCGAUCGAUAGAUUCAUUAACCACGCCCGGGAAACGAUUAUGGAAAAGCAGAAGUUGAAGCCAAAUGCGACUUUCUACGUCAGACCAAAUUUGGGCGAAGCGUUGCGACAUCUGAGAAAUUAUUCUGGUGAGACCCGCGACCCGGCGGAGAGAGAACCACAAACAAUAGUCCUGUGGAUUGACUGGAUAUGUAUCAACCAGAACGAUGGAAAUGAGAAAAGUACACAAGUUAGAAUGAUGGCCGAUAUCUACAAGCGUGCAGCCGAUGUAUGCAUCUGGCUGGGAAAAGAGAGCGAAGAUAGCAGUAUCGGUCUCAAUUUCGUCAACAGAGUACCGCAACACGAACGUGAUGACAUGUUCUCUGCCAAAGACUCAACCCCUCAGCAGUGGGGUGCAUUCGUAGCCUUAAUGCGAAAGGAAUGGUUUCGCAGGCGCUGGGUAGUGCAAGAACUUGCACUUGCCAAGCAAGCGUACUUGAUGUGUGGUGAUGCUUCAGUCGAUUGGUUCGAUUAUUGUGCAGCCGUCGAAACCUUCUUUCGACAAUUUGAAACGAUUGCUGCCCUUUAUGGCGAUUCCCCAGACUUCAAGCAGCGGUUAGACGCGUUGGGUAACAUGAGAGCUGCUGGCGCUGCUAAAAUGAUAGCGGUAACUAACGAGUUUGUUAGAGGAUCUAAAGACCGCCUCAAAUCCUUGGAGGCGCUUGUGUCGGAGCUGACUAUGUUCGAGGCUGGAGAUCCUCGCGAUACAGUGUACGCUUUAGUAGCAUUAGCACGAGAUAUACGGCAUGAUUCGCAGCGCCCAAUGCCCGACUGGCAACUCAAUACUUCUCAGGUCAAUUUCGUCGUUGACUACAAGAAAAACAUAUUGCAGGUUUUCAAGGACUUCAUUGCCUUUUGUAUUAUUGGGUCGGCACGUUUAGACAUCAUCUGCCGAAAGUGGGCACCAAACCGCAAUAGAAAGCAUCUGACAGUCAAAGAACGUCUUAAAUACCGUGGCCGUCCGCCCCCAGUGCAGGAGGUCAAGCUUCCGUCGUGGAUCGGUCUUUUACAAGAUUCAGCGUUUGGACAUCCGCGCUCAGGGCCGCCCCUACGUGUUGGAGGCAAUAGUCUAGUGGACACUAACCAAAGAUAUAAUGCGUGUGGAGGAAGUCGAGCAGAGAUAUCGUUCGGGGAAGUAGACGCAAUCCAGCCUCAAGAUGAAGCGUCUCUUGAUCUAAGAAAGCGCAGUCUUCCAGAAAACCCUUCCACCCACAAAGUAAGUGCGAGAGAAACCUUGAGCACGAGCAGUCGCCGUGCAUCAGAUGGAACAAUCUAUGUUCGCGGCUUUAGGAUCCGUGCUAUUACGAAAAUCACGCACCGUCUGUACGAGGGCAUGAUCCCGAGCGAAUGCCUAAUCAUGGGAGGGUGUAAAGACGAGAUUGAUGAUGACGAUGAGGAAGUCACCUCCAUCCCCGAAGAACUCUGGCGAACGCUUGUUGCAAAUAAGACGCCUGAAGGUGAUCCACCUCCUCGGUCGUACUUAGAUGCCUUGAGCUUGGCCAUGGAACGGCGGAAUCCGAAUGGCGACAUUCAUACAGCGGAGCUGAUCCGCCAAGGCAAGCCGCCAUGGAUGGUCGAAUUUUUGACGCGAGUACAAGAGGUCAUAUGGGAUAAACGCUUUUUCCUGCUUGAGGAUACUGGCGAUUUAUCCUACUGUUUCGGUAUUGGUCCCUCUGGAGCCCAAAUUGGCGACUUUGUAUGCGUUCUGCUCGGCUGUAGCGUGCCCGUUAUUCUUAGUCCGGUCAAUGCUAACGAUUCACGAUACGGCUAUAAACUUGUGGGAGAGGCUUAUCUUCACGGCAUGAUGGAUGCCAUCGCAGAUUGGUCCGCCACUGCUGUACAACCUGAAAUUAAGAGAGACAAAGACUUUUUAGGCAAUCAAUACACUACGGAGAGAUCCGUCCGCUCCCCGGGGUCGCCCGGUAACCGGAACCCUAAAUAUCGACCCGAAGAUCCAGGGGCGAGGGGGGUUCAAAGUAAUCUCGAUUACAAGUAG